AUCAUUCUUCCUUCACAUUGCGGCGUGCGUUUUUUUGCAAGCAACAUAUAGAACAUAUCGCCCCGUUGAAGAGUGCGUGUUUUCAUUCACAAAUUCGUACCCACCGGUAUAUCGAAGCCAGCGGCAGCGAACAGGGAAAGCGGGGGCUAGGUGUUGAAAAUUGAUUUUUCCCAGUCGGACGGUUUGCUAGUGCGCUAUCCGGAUUUUCACAGGUUGCUUGCUGAUAGUGCGGUAGAGCCACGUUUCUUGUUCUAAUAUUCAGAGAAGAAAAGCAAAUGGAUGCGCUUUUCGACGAAGUCGAAUCGCUAGAGGCGAUUCUGAUGGAGGAUGUUACCAUUACCCGGAACGAAAGUGGAUUCCCGGAGCUGAUUGAAACCACCGUGUUUCCUACCGUUGGCGAAGAGCUCGACAGCCAGUACGUUUGCAUUACGUUGCAGGUACUGCCGGUGGUUGGCUAUCCCGACGAGAAACCAAACAUUAAAUUGAAAAAUCCUCGCGGUUUAGAUGAUCAUAUCAUCAAUAAAAUAGAGUUGAGCGUCAAACAGAAACUAGACGAAUCGGUCGGUCAACCGGUGGUAUUUGAUUUGAUUGAUAUCAUUCGGGAACAUUUGACCGAAAGCAAUCUGCCUUCGGGGCAGUGCGUGAUUUGUUUGUACGGUUUCCAGGAGGGAGAUGAAUUUACGAAAACCGUUUGCUACCACUAUUUGCACAGUCACUGUCUGGCGUGCCAUUUGAACGCUUCGAAGCGUAACUACGACGAGGAGCUAUCCAAAAUGCCAGCUUGGAAGCAGAAGGAGGCAAAACCUUACCAGGCACUCUGUCCGGUUUGCCGAGAACCGAUAGACGUGGAGGUUGAACCGUUGGUAAAGUGUAAACCUCCAAUCGAGCUGGCCAACGCACCCCGAUUUCAGCUGACUGAUGAGCUGAAGUCGCUGCAGGCACAAAUGACCCGACUUUAUUUGCACCAAAAGAGUCGCGGAGGAAUUAUUGAUUUGGACGCGGAGGAAGGCAAUGUAAUUGCGAUUGAAACGGAGAACGCCAAUAGUGAGUCAUCAAAAAGCACAAAUGACGGAGCUCAAGAUGGAAGUGUAGCAGAUAACGGAUCGGUGCCGCCAGUUACGGCAUAUGCGAAGCAAAACAGUACUUUUUCGGGAGGGAACAGCUCUCGACAUCACUCCGGGCCGGGUACCGGAGGACAUAGAAACUCGCACGGCACUCAUCAUAACCACCGAGCCGUGCGCCAUCAUAAUACUCCUACAGCGCCUGUUGCUGGAGGUGGCGUGGGCUCUAAUUUAAGCGAUGCGGGCGUCGCUGAAACCGCACAGUCCACGCAUUCCCACCAUCCGUUCCAUCAUCGAGGGGGACAUAGGCAGCGUCGUGGUCACCAUCACCAUCAUCACCAUGGUCAUCACCAUCGUGGUUCCGCCGCUAGUGGUGCAGGUUCCACCAAUGCUGGUCAGAAGAACUUAAACAACCCAUGCGGAUCCGGUGCUAGGUGACAAUUGUUGCCCCCGGAAUUAGAAUGCUGGGGCACGAUGCAGCUCGACACAACACUGUGGAACGGACUGCAUCGAAUGCUUUCAAACUGUGACUUGUCACGACAGUCACAACAACACCGCUUGCCGAAGGGCGAUGUUUCUACACGAACACAACUGUUGCUGAUAUAACAUCCGCUAAUAACACAAAGAGGUAAGCCCACAUUAACCCUUGUACCCCUCUUGCAGGACCUUCUGUUCAAUUGGUCCGUACAUAAUCGUCAUAGUAAUAUCGCUAUUGAAUUUAUUGCUGCUCCAUCGGCAAUCCUAUCUACAAAGGAUACCACUAGCACUAUUUUAACCCUUAAUAGUGAUGAUAUCUGCAGCAGUACUAAUAAUAGUAAUAGUAGUCGUAGCAAUAGUCCUAAUUGUAACAGUCGUUCAAAUUUUACUGUCACCGUUUUGACCGCUGGAAAGUCUGCACUCAACCAAGGUACAAUACGACUGAUUAGAAUAUCGUCUAUCACCUCAGUGCUUCAGUUGACACUUAUAGUUAUAGUUUUAGUGAAUUUAUUUCUCAAACGAAUCGAUGUGUUCUGCUGCUGUUUGUUGUGGACGAUGCUAGGUUUACGCAGUAAAGUUGAAACGUGCAACGAAGGUGACGAUUCGAGUUACUCGUUCGGUAAGAAGAUGAUUCGAUCUAGCAGGUUGCGAGGAGUAAGAAACUAUUUGGUAGUGAGAUUUUUUCAGUAGCUAGGUAUUGAGCAUAAAAAGGAAUAUCUCUGUGUGGGAUAUUCGCGUGAAAAGAGCAUCAGACUUAAUUUUUGGACGAAAUGUAGUAGCGUUAUGUGUCGUUUUGUCGAGUAGAUUUUUUAAUGAAUGGAGUUAAUGCGUUUGAUAAGAACUUAUACCAGUGCCAUAUGGUUUUUAAAAUGAUUUUUUUACAUAACUAUGUUAAGUCACGUAAUAUGUUUAAUUUCUCUCUGUUCGUAUCAACGGAUCAGAUUGAUGUGAUCAAUUUUAAAGUCGUAAUUCAGUAAACGCAUUGAACAGCUGUGUCGCUGUGUCCUACAAUGAACACAAUCGUGAUAACCAAGAUAUUCAUCGGUUUAACAGCACAUCCUUACUUGCAUCCACAUCCACAUCCUAACCGAAAUGAAUCAGAUUAAUAAACGAAUUUAGUGUAAAAUUUUGGAACACAGAUUGCGAUCGAAUCUAUUUCAUUCGAGCUCAGAUUAGGGAAUUUGAUUAUUAUUAUUCUGAUCGAAACGUGUAAUAAAAGUGAUUCUUUGUUCCUUCUAUUUUAAUUCGUGAUUUUUGUAGCUUAUUGGGGAACGCCGGCAGCGUUCAAUACAUAUUUCAAAACAAGUUGCGGCAAUUUUAUUAAUGUUAUUACAAUCGAUGCUGAUAGCAUUAGCUGUUCGUUACUGUUCAUCGUACGAAUGCAUUUUGUCAAAUUGUCAAAACUGACCACGUUGGGUAGCAUCUAAACUGUGUUUUUGAGAUCGAGUACUUAAAAGCAGAGUCGUAGGUGGUGGUUGCCAAGAUUAGUCCCCACCAGGGGCGUUAACUCUUGGGGGUGCCGAAACGGACUUGAAAUUCAGUAGCCUAUGCAUUAAAAAUGGAUUAAUUUCGGAUGGUGUGGAAAAAAACUAAGAGAGAUGAUGCAGUGAAUCAAGUUUUCCCCAAAUCCGACGUUUAUGAAGCCUUAUACAAAAAUAUUUUGCCUACCAGUUGGCUUCGAGGUAUGACGCUGGCCUAAUAAGCCAGUCGUCGUAUGUUCGAAUCUCGACUGGGAGAGGCUGUAAGAGUGAAUAGGAUCGUAGCAACUGACCCUGCAAUUGUCCUGCACUCUAACAGCUGGCUGCGAAGUCUGUCCUAUAAAAACAGAAGGUCAAUUUUCGAUAACGGAAUGUAGCACCUAGGCUUUGUUUUGCUUUUUUACAUAAAUACUUUAGUGUUAGGUGGACUUACGUCUCUUUGUCGUACCCUUAGCGGCAAUUUUCGGCAGGUUCAUACUGUUUAUCUUCCCGUUCACCGCAAGCCCCGAAGGAUAGAACAGUGGCUUGAAUAUUCCCUUCUUGCCACAGAACCUUCUUCGACAACGGUGUGCGAAAUAUAUCUGACAUCAUCGCCUACCUUCUCGGUGGGAACAUGCGCCACUUAUGGCCCAUUAUGACGCGUUGCCGGAGAUUCACCAGCACCGUCAGCCGCCCCUUCUGGGUGAUUGCUUGCUGCUCAGAAACGGCCGGACUCGACUGACAAACGAAGAUGUGGCUCCAACUCUCUACUCACGGGUCGAGAUUCACUCUGCCUGAUCUCUAACUGUGUGCUGGAGGGUGGGCUGAAACAAACGGAGAUCCGAACAGUAAUGGCCAGUAGGAUGGCUGUGAAAUUGCUCAAACAAUCUAAAAAUAUAUAACGUCGUUACUCAAAAGUUGCUGAGUCUCAAUAAGAGAGAUCUCAGUAAGCUUACCGGUCUUGCGACAGGACAUUGUCCGAGUAAAUAUCAUCUUCGGAAUCUCAGUUUCGUACAAGAUGAUAUUUAACCUCGGAACACUUGCUCUGCAAUCGUGGAGCACAAAUAGUACGCAGACUGCAGUAUCUCAAAAAGGGGAGAUCUAGUUGGCGUCGCCGAUCAGGGUACUAGGUUCAUAAACCAAGUCAUCCCUGAUUGGCACAUGUCUCGCUCCAGCUACCAGCCUGUCACUUCCUCAAUAAGUGAUAGGUAAGCUUGAAGCGUAUAGUAAAAUAAUAAAACGGGGCAUAUCACAAUACUUUAAAAUAAUGGACGCAGUGGUAAGAGUACCCAACAGAGGAGAAGAAGAAGAAGAUCCCUUAUAAACUUACCAUGGUUUGAAAUCCUCCAGCAAACGUUUUGUAGCGCUACGACGUCGAACUUACGGCUGUUCAAUACGUCGGAAGGCACUCGAGUGCUUCCUUGGAUGUUAAAAGACCGGCAGGUCUCCAUCUCGAGUUUCUAAUCCAUAGUCCAUUUUCAUUGCAUUGAUCUAUUUUGAUGAUCGGCCGGCCGGGGUUCAGACGCCGUUUUAAGCCGCUGCUAAUAAGGAGAACAGACGUUCGGAAACUCAAUACAACCCCCCUCCCCCUCUCUACCAGCAUACGACCAUGUCUUUAUCGGGGAUGGUUCUCUGAUUAUUCCUAACUAGUACUGCGUACAGGCAAGAAUUGGAGUCGCUAGGCCUAUAAGUACUCGAGGCGCCGCCCGCUGGCACGCAUUAUCCAGCUGUUUACGAACCAUAAACCAAUGGCAUAAGCUGCUUUAAAUGUGCUAACUGUAACAGAUCCGUUGUUAGCCGACCAACAUUGCGAACCCAUUGCGAUGGACGUAGAAAGUUUCAGGAAACCGGCGAACAAGUUGAAAGCACUCAUCACCGAUACCGAGCAGGUUUUAAACACACCUGACCGACGGUUUGUGAGUUUUCUUAGUUCCAUAAUAUGUUGAUAUGACUUAUAAACGUGAGCACUAGCGCAGUAGUUAACCUGGCUGCCGCAAAGGUUUAUUGAUAAAUCUUUCGUCAAAAGAGUGAUAAGGAGCGAUGAAGUGGCAUUCUCCAGCGUUGUGUUCGUUCGAAGGAUUAUCAGAUCUACCUAUUAAGUGGCUGGUCGUGAGUUUGUUUUACGACAAAACAUUUAUGACAGUUUGCAGGCCCAUUGGCCCCUGUACAUACACGACUGGAUGGUUGGUGAACACUAGCUGCAAGAGCAGCUCUGUAGCAAGGGUUUCAAAAAUUCCACAAUAUCAAUUUUUGUGUCAGCUUCAAGAAGUUUUAGUUUCUACACUCUAUGUUACUACGGCUUCAAUUUUGUUUUGAUAUUUUAGGACCAUGGAGUCAAGCACUGGUUCUAGGGACCCAUCCUGAGUAACUAUUUAAGUUUGAUUGCAUUCUUACUUUGGUUUUAUGGUUAAUUUUGAUAAUACCAUCAUAAGUGUGCAAUAAAACCCACAAUAUUACUUGGAAUAAGCGGAUGAAAAAAUCUGAACUUGCAGGUUCUGAUCUCUUAGGUGGUGAUGAUCGAAGACGUAUUUUUGUAUUCUAAAGACAAUUCGUCAAUUUCCCAAAUUUUAAACAUUCUUUAUUUGCUUUAAUUGAGUUGAAGAAUAUUCGUCUCGAUUCUGCAUUUCAAUCGGGCUCGUUCCGAUCAGAAACGUCCCGAUCGACGUGUGUUAUAGCAUACGAUGUAUUCCGAUCGAAGCGCAAUUUCUUAUCGGAUCCGGCUCCGAUCGGUAAGUAGAAUAGAGGCGAUUAUUUCCAAGACCGUUCAAAUCGAAUUAAUGGUACUUACUAAUGUUGGAUAAAAUCCUAGAGAAGAACAGGGAAUGUGAAUAAUUUCAAAAGUGAUUGUUACCAAAUGCAUCCGUGCUCCAUUCUUAAGCUAUCUAACCAUCGAUAUUGGCGACGUUUUUGAUCUACCAUAGAAAAAAGCAGGGCAAACGCAGAUUGUGAUGUUACUUUUAAGUCAAUGCAUUAGUUAAUCCUCAAGGUGAGUGUCUUUACUAGGUUGUUGUGUUCCACCUAUGAGCAACUCUCGCAAACUUUCAUAGGUUCGUUGUAAAUAGUUGCAAACAUUUUAUAUCGGUUUUUAGUAUAACACAAAACGAAUGAUAUUCUAAUUCAUCGAAAGGGUGAGAUUUGAGAUAACCGAUGACGCACAGAUGCAGAAUUUUGGAACAAAACGGCAAAAAUAAAAGCGGACUCUAUUAAACCAUAAAUAUUUGGAAAUAUAAUCUACUCAACUACAUUCCCGGCAUGUUGCGGAAUCCACAUAAAUGUGCGCAUGAUUGUAGUAUAAAUUACUCUUGAUGACCAUUUAAAGACAAAAUAUUGAAUCCAAUCAGUAAAAGAAAACAUAGUCACUCGUCAACGCAGUUGACGUUUUUAAUUAAUUAAUCGUACAUUAAUAUUUCGGCAAUUAAUCGUACAUUAAUAAAUACAACCUAAUAACGCUUGCAUAGCGUGCCAAAAAUCAAUUCGAAUUUGUACUGUAACAGAAUAAUUACUGUAUAGAAGAGGAAGCUUACAUAAAGGAGACAAAACUUAUCAAAGGAUCGAUCGAUCCGUCGCGUUUUAUGGCCAGUGUCUAUUCGUACCGUAUUUGCAAACUAAAAUAUAUGACAAACCAAUUUAAACCACAAGCAAAUAAACCCGAUAGCCAUUACUAAUUCCGAGCAUGAUGAAUAGCAUACAUAAUAGUAGUCGUACGUAGAUAUCUGAUUCUGAUGUAAUUUCAAUGAAAUGAAAUAAACUUUAGACGGUUGCUGCUGCAGAGAACUAAGGAAAACCAUAUGUGGCAUACACGAGAAUUCACGAAA